AUGGACGCGGCGGUGCUGGUCGUGGCGGCCAACGAGGAGUGCCCGCGGCCUCAGACGGCCGAGCACCUGGCCGCGGCCGACCUCAUGAACCUGGGGCGCUACGUCGUCAUCCAGAACAAGGUCGACCUCGUCUCGGAGGAAGACGCCCGCAAGAGCUACCUCGACAUCCGCACCUUCACCCAGGGCACCGGAGCUGAGCGUUCGCCGGUGAUCCCGAUCUCGGCGCAGUUGGGGUACAACGUGGACGUGGUGUGCCAGUACAUAGUCGAGCAGGUUCCCGAACCCGAACACAACCUCUCCCUCCCCCCGCUCCUCAACGUCAUUCGCUCGUUUGACGUGAACAAGCCGGGCGCUCCGUUCGAGGAGCUCAAGGGGGCGGUGAUGGGCGGGGUGCUGGAGAGCGGACUCCUCCGGAUCGGGCAGCGCAUCGAGAUCAGGCCGGGCCUCAUCCGGGCCAAAGAGGACGGCAGCCGCUACUACCAGCCCCUCUACUCCCGGGUCGUUUCGCUCUUGUCCGACACCAACCCCCUCACCCACGCCAUCCCCGGAGGACUCAUCGGCGUCGGUACCCUGCUCGAUCCGUCGCUGGGCAAGAACGACGGGCUGGUGGGGCAGGUGGUGGGCGUGGAGGGCAGCCUGCCGGAGGUGUUCCAGGAGGUGGAGGUCAAGUACCGCCUCUUCCGUCGCCUCAUCGGCACCGCUGAGGGCGAGAAGGUCGAGGAGAUGAAGGCCAAGGAGAACGUGCUCCUCCACGUCGGCGGCAAUUCGGCCGUCGGCGUCGUCACCGCCGUCAAAGCCAAGACCCACCGCCUCAUCAUCAAGCUCACCCACAUGCCCAUCUGCGCUCGGGAGGACCAGAGGGUGGCGUUCAGCAGACACGCGGGGAAGGACCACUGGCGGCUGGUGGGCUUUGGGCGCCUCACCCGAAACUGCCGCCGGAUGCCUCGUGCCGCAGCCGCCGAUCCCUUGUUGGAUCCUUCGCCGACCGCGCUCUGA